ACGGUUUUGCCAUUUGAGAUUUACGAGGUCAUACUAUAAAGUUAUAGCCUACUGUGCAGUCUACACAGCUUGUUUAUUCAAUCAGUUUGUUGGCUUUAUAAAAAUGUUAAGCCCGCGGUCGAAUGGAACCUAUUUGUAAUUACAUUGCUGACCAUACCUCACAUCUAAACCCAACAGAGAUUCGAGGGAGAACCGGAUAACACUGACACCUACUGAUGGCUGUAGGGAAUUGUCCAAUGGUCGACAGACUUGUUGAAAACACUUGUCGUUUUUUGCCUACAUAGGGCUAUGGGUCAUAGCCUCCUCCAAGCGAGAGAUUAACUUACAACGCGGACAUCCAUCAUCCUUCACGGAGAAUCAGUGCUGAGAAUCAGUGCUCAGAGGGGCGUGAUCCUGAUGACGUAACGGGGUGGGCGUCUGGCUCGGCGUUCCCACCCGUUCCAGUGAGCGACAUACCGCUAAAAUGGCGACGGAAAACAGCUCCGAGUCUCAGGAUGAGAAAGAAAUCCUCAUCAACAAGGGAGCUGUUCAGGAGACGCCACAGCAAGAGAGCACAUCUGUCGCAGAAAUAACAAACCCGAAACCGUCCAAACUGAUGUUGUAUCAUUGGACGCAGUCAUUCAGUUCUCAGAAGGUGCGUCUGGCCAUAGCAGAGAAAGGCCUGCGGUGUGAAGAGUAUGAUGUAAGCCUCCCCCUCAGUGAGCACAACGAACCCUGGUUCAUGAGGCUGAACCCAGCAGGAGAGGUGCCCGUGCUUGUCCAUGACGACACCGUCAUCACAGACCAUGUACAGAUCCUGGACUAUCUGGAGCAGAACUUCAGGCAUGAAGGCAGUAUUAACCUCAUCCCUGAGGAGGGAAGCAUGUAUUACCUCAGGGUUCAUCACUACAGGGAGCUUCUGGACUCCCUCCAGAUGGACGCCUACACCCAUGGCUGCAUCCUGCACCCUGAAAUCACUGUGGACUCACACAUCCCUGCCUACGCCACAGCACGUAUACGAGCCCAGAUUGGAAAUACAGAAUCAGAGCUGAAGAAACUAGCUGAGGAGAACCCAGAGCUAAAAGAUGCCUACAUGGCUAAAACAAGGCGUUUAAAACACAAGCUUUUGGACCAUGACAACAUGAAGUACCUGAAGAAGAUGUUAGAUGAGCUGGAGAAGGUCUUGGACCAGGUGGAGACAGAGCUACAGAGGAGGGCGGAGGAAACACCAGAGGAGUCCAGUAGUGAGUCGUGGCUGUGUGGGGAGUUCUUCAGCAUGGCCGACGUCUCCCUGGCCGUCACCCUGCACCGCCUCACGUUCCUGGGCCUGUCCCGCCGUUACUGGGGCAACGGCAAGAGAGUUCACCUGGAGGCCUACUACGAGCGAGUCCUGGGGCGCCCGUCCUUCCGGAGGGUUCUGGGUCAUGUCAACAACAUUCUGAUCUCGGCCGUGCUGCCUGCCGCAUUCCGGGUUGCCAAGCAACACGUGCCCGCUUUCAUCGGAACCGCCCUACUCGUCGGUGUCUUGGGCGGAGCCACAUACCUGGCCUUCCUCUACCUGAGGAACAGGCUGUCACUGGCCAGGUGAAGAGGGGGCCCUUCUCCACCUGAAGGACAGAAUGAACAGGUGAUGGCCCAGGCGGGAUGGAGGAGAGGUGGGGGAGGGAAGAGAGAGACUGUUGGGGAGCGAGUGGAAGAAAUAAAUUAGGAGAAGGAAGAUCGUUAGAGAGGUGGAUAUGGCAAGAGAAAGAAAUGGAGAGAUGUUCAGACCCAGAAUGUUUGUUGAUGUUGUUGUUAACCAUAAAUAGAAUAGAAUAUAACUUUAUUGAAUACCACUUUACUGUCCCCAUCAUUUGGACCUUUCUGUUUGCAAUGUUGCAAUUUGCACAAAUAGAACUUUCAAUCAUUUUCAUUUACAGCAGUUGGCUUCAAUGCUUGAAUAUAAAAUAUCACAUAUAUAUUUUUUUUAUAUUUGGCAUGAUACAACUAAACCAGCUUUGGCUAUAAAUGUGCAAUGGGUUAAAAUACAAUCUGAGACUGCAUAGAUGUUAAUAAAAAACAGACAUAUAAAAUGAAUACAUUGCUAGUCUUUUCCUUUUCCAAGUCCAUUUCCUUUGCACCAUGUGGAGAAAAGACUGUCUUUGCUGCUCCCUGGACUUCAGAAUGACCCAGCCUCUCACGUCAAGUCUGCUGACAGCAUUUCUAGUUUUAUAACAAGACCCACCUAUUUCCUGAGGCUUUUAAAAUGUUUUCACAAUGCUUUGCGUUUCUCAAUACUUUUUGUGUCCUCAUGCACAUCUUAAAAUGGGACUUUUAUCCAUUACACAUUUUAUUAAUUAUUAUUGUUUAUUCAUCUUGAAGUGGGACCUUUUGUCCAUUACAAAUCAAAUUCAUUAUUUAUUGUUAAUUUAUCUUAAAUUGGAACCUUUGUCCAUUACAAAUCAAAUUCAUUAUUAUUAUGUUAUUAUUGACACUUUUCACCAGUGGACAACCUAGACAGGAGGAAAUUAAAUGUAUUUCAUAUAUAGUAUGAUACAUAUACAUACUGGGUCCCAAAUAGGUGAGAGUCCUAUGAACCCUGGUUCAAAGAAAGCCCCUAGAUAGGGAAUAUGGUGCUAUUUGGGACAUGACCGCAGUCUCUGAUAGACACAUCCUGUCUGUGGGAUUGUGUGAUGAUUUGCUUGAUUGUCAUGUUCUGAUUGUAAGUUGUCUGAACCCUCAUUGAAAUGUCCCUUGCAUUCUUCUUCCCAUCGAUGUGUCCUGAUGAAAUUAAACCGAUUCUCUUACUUCA